ACACAAUAGUGUUACAUCAGUACCGCUCUGUUUAAACUUUCAUCACGCUAAAAGGUAUGCAAAUAGUGAUUUUAUUGCGAGUGCUAAAGGUGCAUCUACUAUCUGACUAUUGUCAAAUGUGGAUUUUUAGACGUCUAAAACUCAAAUGAACGCUUUGGUUUAAAAAUUAGAAUUGGAGAGCAAUAUUAGUAGUCAUUUAUUCAUGUGAUUGUCUGGCUAUCAUUCUCAUAAAAAAGGAAGGUGAUACUAACGAUUUCCACCAUGCUACCCACGCGAUUCUUACAAAGCAUCAAACAGCCGCCUAAUAUAUAAUGGGAGGAAAUCUUUGCCUGUCCAGAUGAUGUGAUCUUCAGCCUCUAACACACAUUCACGUCAUUGCUAGAUUUUGAUGGGAUAAUUGAAGACAGUGUGCAGAAAGUAUUGUAACGUGUUAAAAAAUUGUCUUUUACGUCCGCCAACUUCUUGAACCUUUCGCCUUCUGGAAAAAUAAUCUUAGAUACAGGCGAUGGUGGUAUGUCACAGGGAGUUUCCAUGGAAAUUAUUGAAGAGUAAACUCCUGAGCAUCGAGAAGGGAGCCGCUUAAUCGUUCGAGAUGUAUUCUACUAUGUUUCUAUCGCUUUCCCAUAUUAAUAGACAAAAUAUGGUUAAUAGCAUAAUGUAAUGAGUUGGAUAUGGGAAUCUAAUUGACUUGAGGAUCAAUUACGGAACUAAUUUCGCAGACAUCGGUUCUUGAAGAAUCGUCAUGCUCUCUUUGAAUUCAUGACAAACAGAGUCUACAUACUGCUUCGUAGCUGAAGUUCGUCAUCAUACACCGCAUCGUCGAUAUUCUCUUGUGGGAUAGUCAAUCAAUCACGAUGGGUUUGCUAAAGAAACGAUCGAGCAGCGGUUCGACACAGCCGAUGGUUAGGAGUGUAUCACCCGACAUCGAGCUCAGCACCGUGAUGGACACGGAGUUGGUCGCUAAGGCUUACGGGAAGCGAGACUUAGAGGGCAAGAAACCCCGACCUCGUCGGUACAAUCCCUUCCACCGAGCCUUUGACUCAAGUGACAUGGAAACAUCGUAUCAAAAAUUCUUUGUUCGACGUCGUCUUGAGACACUGCCUGUUAUGAUAGCCUUCUCAUUCUUCUUUGACGUGGUGGUCUUAAUAAUCUAUUAUCUUGAUAUAAACAAUCCUAAGCGUGUUGUAGCUAUUUCAAUCAUGGCUAUAUGUGCCGUCACUAAUUUGAUCCUCUUCUCCUUAGCGCGCUAUCGCCUUAUCUCGGAUUGGUCGCUUACGCGCAUCAUGCCAUACCUUAUAUGGAGCCUGGUAUGCGCACAGUCAUUCUUGGACCUAGGGCUAUACUAUCAACCGUUGAUGCCAAGUGAUGGGGCUGGCUGGCAAGUGUUUUUCAUAUUUGCCUCUUUCACCAUGUUACCCGUGCCUUUGGGAGCCAUGAUACUCCUUAGUACUAUCGCUAUCACCAUACACUGCCUCAUGGUUGGAGUACUCUCCUUGGCUAACACUGAUUAUAUGGCUGAACAGAUCGGAGCAAACAUCCUAUUAUAUUUGUGUGCCAUCAUCUUGGGGUGUGUGUGUUACCUUGUAUCAGAUAAACAACACCGUAUGGCGUUUCUUGAGACCAACGAAUCCCUCAAGACGAAACUUACCAUUCAAGAACAGGCGGCACAGCAGGAAGGAUUAUUACUAUCAGUACUACCCAAGCAUGUCGCUGAUGCUAUGGUGAUGGAUAUCGGGAAGAAGAAUACUGGUCAGUUUAAUCGCAUCUACAUAAGACGCCAUGAAAAUGUCAGGUGAGGUAUCUCUUUAAUUC